AAGGAUGACUGCUUUUUUUGGCCAUUAUGUAUGUCUUGUUUGCUAUUUAUACAUGUGUUGCAGAAGAUGUGUUUUUGCGACUGUCGAGAAUUUGGAGUUGCUGAAAGGCCCCUUUAACUGAGCUGUGCCAAGUAACAAAAUCAGAUUCCAUGGUCAUAUAUCUGGGUGCAUAUGAGACCCGAGAUAAGGAGGGAUUUAUGAAGACAGCUCUCUAAGUCAAGGAUUGCUGCCUGCCUAUCACUCCAUUGCUAACGGCCAGGAAGUGGGCAUGAGACUGAGUACUGCGGGGGGGAGAAGCCAGGAUCUGACUGCGUGAGGCCACACAGCGUGGGGGGACUGCAGCCUCCACAGCGGGCUGGUUUUCCAACAGUCCCUGCUUUGUGUGCCUACCUACUGUGCCUGUGGCGUCCACAUUCCAACUUCUCCAUUUUUGAAUUCUGACCUGAUUAUGAGACUGCUGGUGAGGGUCGGUCUCAUUGCAACUCUGCUAGUAUGCUAUGUCCCGUUAAGUUGUGCUUUAGAACAUGAAAACAGGAAGAGCAAAGAAAUCCAAAGUCCUGACAAGAACGCUGAGAGUAACAUCAAGAUGAUGAGAAAUUACACAACGGCAAAUGACGGGGGACAUGAGGCAGCUGCUCCAAGGAAAAAGGUCAAGAAGACCGGAAGUAAAAGAGUUUCCAUGGGACCAAAAAGUGACAUUCCCUGCACCAGAAUGGGAGGCAUCUGCCAGUCUGGUCGAUACAUCUGCCAAGGCAGAUACCUAAAGGACAAGUGUUCAGGGCUCCAGAAGUGUUGUGUGUCAGGUGCAGCCUGGAGUGUCUUUUGUGCUGGUCACCACAACAACAGAGUGAGGGCGUGUGAUGCGCAUGGUUGUGGAGCUUUCAACUCCAACAGAGGUAAUUACCUACAUAAAGCAGUGGACCUGGUGUGUGAUGACUAUGGCAUUAUCAGUGCUCCAUUCUCCGGCUCUUUGGCGGGUCCAGUGAGUCGGAAAGAGCCCACUGGGAAUCAGUUUGAUGGGGUCAAACUUGUCAAUGAUGUGCACUGUGUGAAGAUCUUCAACAUCCGUCCUUACCGUUACAUGGGCCCAGUGGCUCAGGGGGAAGCCUUGGGCUACCUGUUGCCGCUGCAGGAUCGCUUCUCCGGCAUCACAUCACACCUGGAGCUGCAAAUGUGUGACGGCACUGACCCUUCACCUUUCAUAUGACCUAUAUCCUCUCAUCUUUUAUAUACCGCCUGAGCCUUUACCUUUGCAACAUUUCAUAAUGCCCUAUACUCAUUCAAAUUACUUUGAAUUUUUUAUUCAACGGUUAUCAGCCUUUCAUAUCACAUUGAAAAUAUGGCCUGUGAUACAAUGCAUGAUUUUUGGGGGAUAUUAUGGUAUUAGCAUUUUUCCACUAAAUGUCAUGUUUAUUUUUAUAAAGUUCAGAAGAAAAAAAAUCCCUUUCCUCAAAAGGAUAAUGAUGCAGUAAAUUCUUAGUUUCAUUUCUGCUUUUGAUUAAAAUGUUUUUUGGGAGUCACAUGAUGUCAUGACUUGUCA